UUUCCCUCAAUGAAGCCCAACGGCCUCCAGAACUUCAGCCUUGCCACUGUGCUCUCCUGUUCAGGAUGGAUUGUCAUGGGACACUGAAGGGCACCAUGUGGGACAGCAUGAAGGAAUCUUUCUUGAGUCCAUUGUCUGUGGCCUUCUCGAAAGUCCGGAAGGCACUCCAGGUGUUCUGGAACAAAAAUGGCCUUUUGACACUUUCUUUGUUUUCAGUGGUCUCCGGUUGCCUCUUGGGCUUCCUACUGAGGACGCUGGAGUUAACUGAUCUGGAGAAGCAGUACUUCUCUUUCCCCGGAGAGUUGCUGAUGAGGAUGUUAAAGAUGCUAAUUUUGCCUCUGAUCACCUCCAGCUUGAUGUCCGGCCUGGCCACCAUGGACGCCAGAGUUUGUGGGAAGAUGGGGAUCAUCACCCUCACAUACUACCUCUGGACGACCUUCCUGGCUGUCACCACUGGGAUCAUCCUGGUGACCAGCAUCCACCCGGGGGCUGCUGCCCAGAAGGAGGAGUACACGGUCAGCAAGGUGGUGCUCAGCUCGGCAGAUGCUUUGCUGGACCUUAUCAGAAAUAUGUUUCCUUCCAACCUCAUUGAGGCUUCUUUCCAGCAGUACCGAACAGUCGUCGUCCCAGUAAUGAAGGCCUCUGGAUUCCCAAAGGUCCCGCUGAAGUCUCUGAGUUACGUGUAUUUUGCGCCGGAUGCCGAAAACCCCAAGAUCCAGCGCCCCGUGCUGCUUGAGAUCACGCCGUCUCCGGAAAUGACCUACAGGACUGUUCCUGGCACCAACAGUGAGAUGAACGUAUUAGGAAUCGUGAUCUUCUCAGCCACGAUCGGCCUCCUCCUGGGAAAGAUGGGGGAUCGUGGGAUCCCCCUCAUCAACGUGUGCCAGUGUCUGAACGAGGCGGUGAUGAAGAUCGUCUCCGUGGCUGUCUGGUACUUCCCUUUCGGCAUUGUCUUUCUAAUCGCUGGGAAGAUCUUGGAGAUGGACGACCCCAUCAUGAUCGGGAGGAAGCUGGGCCUCUACGCCAUGACGGUGGUGACGGGGCUGGCGAUCCAUGGCUUUGUCUUCUUGCCCAUCCUGUUUGCAGUCAUCACCAGGAAAAACCCCUUCCCCUUCAUCCGGGGGAUGCUGCAGGCCCUGCUGAUUGCUCUGGCCACCUCCUCCAGCUCAGCCACGCUGCCCAUCACCUUGAAGUGUCUACUUGAAAACAAUGGAAUCGACAGGCGGGUGGCCAGGUUUGUCCUCCCGGUCGGUGCCACCAUCAACAUGGAUGGGACGGCCCUCUACGAGGCGGUGGCCGCCAUCUUCAUUGCCCAGGUCAACGAAUUCGACUUGGACUUGGGUCAGAUCAUAACCAUCAGCAUCACAGCCACAGCAGCGAGCAUCGGGGCAGCCGGCAUCCCCCAGUCGGGGCUCGUCACGAUGGUGAUUGUGCUCACCUCCGUGGGCCUUCCCACUGAAGACAUCACCCUGAUCAUUGCGGUCGACUGGGCUUUGGAUCGAUUGCGCACCAUGACCAACGUCCUGGGCGACGCUCUGGCAGCAGGAAUCAUAGCCCACAUCUGCCAGGAAGAUUUUGCUCCAAGGGCAGCCAAUGACUCCAGGAGCAGCCAAGAGAAGCCGGUCCUGGCCGAGGCGAUCGUGACCUGUCCCAAAGACCACGUGCUGCAGAUCAUCGAAGAGGUCUUACUGGAGCGGACGGGCAUCAAUUACAGCAUCUGCCAGGUGUGAGG